AUGUUAUCAAGAUACGCUGCUGUUUUGUUCGGCGCCUUCACAACGCUCGUUCACUCCUAUGCCAACCCCGGCGCGUGUUCAGGCGUUUGCACAAACACUCAUGAUCCCUCCAUCGUAAAGAGGUCCGAUGGCACAUACUUCCGGUUCUCAACGUCGGGAGGCAUCCAGAUCCACUCCGCUCCUAGCUUGACAGGACCCUGGACGUUCAAAUGCGAGAUGCUCACCGGCAAUGCGAAAUUGACGGUUUCUGGGAAUGAUGGUAGCGAUUUAUGGGCUCCGGAUGUGUCUCUUGUCGAUGGCACGUACUAUGUUUACUAUAGCGUCAGCUCCUUUGGAUCCCAGAACAGUGGAAUUGGCUUGGCGAGCUCCACCACAAUGGACUGCGGCAGCUUCAGUGAUAGGGGCAGCGUCGGCGUAGCGUCCAAAACAGGCUCGGCAUACAACGCCAUUGAUGCCAACCUCCUGAACGACUCGGGCACCUUCCGAUUGACUUUCGGGUCGUUCUGGAGUAACAUCUAUCAAGUAUCAAUGAAGAGCCCUCCGACCUCUGCAUCCGGCACGGCAAAGCAGAUUUCAUUCGAUCCAUCUAGCACUCACCCAGAGGAGGGUGCAUUCUUGGUCAAAUAUGGUAACUUCUACUACAUGUUCUUCUCCCGUGGCAAGUGCUGUGGGUACGAUGCAAGCAGGCCGGCGGCUGGAGAGGAGUACAAGAUCAAAGUCUGCCGUUCUUCCAAGCCCGACGGCGGUUUUGUUGACAAAUCUGGCGUUGACUGCUUGAAAGGAGGUGGCACUGUCGUUCUCGAAUCACAUGGAAACGUUUACGGCCCAGGAGGUCAAAGUGUUUACAAUGAUAGCGUCAAUGGCUGGGUCUUGGCAUAUCAUUACGUUGACACGACAAUCGGAUACGCCGAUGGUGAUAAGAGAUUUGGUUGGAACAAGAUCAAUUGGAGUUCGGGAUGGCCAGUGGUGUAG